CUCAAUAAAGUAAUAUUAGAGAGGUACUACUAGAGUACUAUAAUAUAUCUCCGAAGACAAUUCUCAAGUAUGCCGUUUCUAUCACUCUUCAAUUUCCCGCAAAAAACUGAUCCAUUGACAUGAAGCUGAAGAUCUCAGACUAAGUUUACCCGACAACGACAAGAUUUCUGCUUUCAUCUUUGUCUGAGAUCUUUACAGAUUUCUGCUUUAAGUUCCACUACCAAUCAGAAUUAGGUGAACUUCUUUGUAAUAUACUAAGUUGCAGCCAUCAUUUUUGAGGGCAAAUGAUCAUGCUUACUUGUUCUAAUGAAAGUCUUGGAUUCUGUUAGCUCUGAGAAAGAUAAAUAUAUUUGCCAUGGGCGUAAGCUACUUGUCAGUUUCAGCAUUCUGCACUGUUCUGAGCUAUGUCGGACUCCAGUGUUGGAUGGGAAUUUCAGUUGAGAAACUAAAAUCAGAUGGGCUCAUUGGGGAGAGCAUUAUCAACUUUGGGAAUGAAAGCCGUGCACUAGAGAACCUUUUAGGUUCACAUACAACAAUUGCUCUGGGAGCCAAUUUUGCAGUCAACGUAUUUAUACUGCUAGUUUUGUUUCUUAAGACUAUAUUCUUUGGAGAUUUGCACUCAUCAGAAAUCCGAAAGCUGGCUGAGCGUCUUAUCAAUUAUGUUAUUUCCAAGGGAACUUUUCUUCCAUUGGUUGUUCCACCUACGCUGUAUCAAGCAGGCCUGUGGUCAACGUGGCUAGCUGUUCUUUGCUUUUUAAAGAUGUUUCAAGCUUUAGCUAGGGAUCGACUUGAACGAUUGAAUGCCUCUCCUUCAGCUACUCCCUGGUCAUAUUUCCGGGUGUAUUCUGCCUUAUUGCUGGUUCUCUCAGCCAACUUACUCUGGAUGAGGGUGUGCCUGAUUGUAUAUAAAACAAUAAGUUCAUCCCUGUUUUUGUUAUUGUUCUUUGAGCCUCUUAGCAUAGCAUUUGAGACGCUACAGGCUAUUCUUGUUCAUGGAUUUCAGCUGCUUGACAUAUAUAUCCAUGACUCAGCAAAUGAUAUUUCAAAUAGUAGAAUAUCCAAGCUCUUUGACAUAUCUGCUGCAGGCUCAUUUGGGGAAUGGAAAGGCGUUCUUAUUCGGAAUAUGGGUUUUCUCCUGGACAUGCUGACUCUGUUGAUGGCCCUCGCUCAUUAUGUGCACAUUUGGUGGCUUCAUGGCAUGGCAUUUCACCUUGUGGAUGCAAUUCUUUUCCUAAAUAUUCGUGCUUUAUUAAGUGCCAUUGUAAAACGGGUCAAAGGGUUUAUUAAACUGAGAAUAGCAUUGGGAACUCUUCAUGGUGCACUUCCUGAUGCAACUUUGGAAGAGCUACGAACUUAUGAUGAUGAAUGUGCCAUUUGCAGGGAACCGAUGGCAAAGGCGAAAAAACUAUCUUGUAAUCAUCUUUUCCAUCUUGCAUGCUUGAGAUCUUGGUUGGAUCAAGGCUUAACUGAAAAUUAUUCAUGUCCCACUUGCCGGAAGCCGUUGUUUAUAGGAAGAAGCGAGAAUGAGGUAAAUCCUCAAACCGUAGAUGUUCGGGGUGAUGAGCUGCUUGCUCGUGAGAUGAGUAUGGGACUUGAUCAGUUGAAUCUUCCUGGUCAUGCACUUCAAAAUGAAGCUUCCCGUAAUCAAAUGCACAAUCCUCUUGAAAGUAGUGAUUGGAGGGGUUCAGGAGUUGAUUCAGGUUGGUUGGGUUUAGAUGGUGCUGGUCCAUCUACAGGCAUCAGGUCAGCGAGUUUGGGUCGGGUUCAGACAGUGAUGAGGCAUCUUGCAGCUGUUGGAGAAACGUAUGCACAAACUGCUCUGGAAGAUGCUGCCUGGAAUCUUUGGUCUAUGCGUGCCUCCCAGGCUGGUACUUCCAGUUCAGCAAUUCCUCCUGCUGGUUCUGUGAGGCACGUUGGAGGUGCUGGAGGGUUGCACUUGAGGACAACCUCACGUGCCACAAACAACAACAUUCCAAACAUACACACUAUGGUUGAAACUGUUAGAGAAGUGCUGCCACACAUACCUGAUGAAAUAAUUUUCGAGGAUUUACAGAGAACGCACUCGGUAACUGUUACUGUGAAUAAUCUUCUGCACAUGUGAUUAUACAUACCUUUCUUUGCGAUACUGUUGUGGUAUGUCUUUCACCGUGGCAGAUCAAAAUUGAAGCUCUGGUUGUGUACAGGAGUGAGGUUUCCAAAUAUGUUGUGGUGCCAAGCCUGUUACUGCAUAUUAUAUCUAAUAUACAUAUAUUUCACUUUUUUGUACAUAUAAAUAACUUAGGGAACCUGCUGUUAGAGACAAAUGCGAUAAUAAUUCCUCUUUCUUUUUUUCUUCCCAUGAAAUAAAUGAUCAUAUUCUUUUGGCACA